GAGACAGGAGGCUCCAGGCUGCAGCCAUACAGUCUGGAACCCGGAGUGAGUCAGCAGUCCCGGUGGAGAGCUGCUGGAUCUCCGAGACCAGGACCAGGACCAGAACAAGAGCGGAAUGGAGGAGGAGCAGCAGAAGCCGGAGCAGCGGAGCAACAAGGUCCCCAGAAGAGCAGCAGCAGGCUCGGCCUCUGAUAGCAGCGGUGUUCAGAAACUGAGAGGAAGAGGGGGACUCAGACAUCACAGCUGUCAGUACUGCGGCAAGUCCUUCACAACAUCUGGACAUUUAAAGAUUCAUGAGAGAGUUCACACUGGAGAGAAACCAUACAGCUGUCAGCACUGUGGCAAGACCUUCCCCACAACUGGAGGUUUAAAGAUUCAUCAGAGAGUUCACACUGGAGAGAGACCAUACAGCUGUGGACAAUGUGGGGCAGCUUUCAAACAGUGGGGUGUUCUCAAAAGUCAUCAACUCAUUCACACUGGAGAUAAGCCAUACAGGUGUGGACUAUGUGGGAAAACCUUUUCUCGUGGUGAUACCCUUAAAGCCCACCAACUCAUUCACACUGGAGAUAAACCGUACAACUGUGACCAAUGCGGAGCAGCUUUCACAACGUCGGGUAAACUUAAAGUCCACCAACGCAUUCACACUGGAGAGAAACCAUACAGCUGUGAACAAUGUGGGAAAACGUUUUCUGAUAGUGGUAACCUUAAAACCCACCGACGCAUUCACACUGGAGAGAAGCCGUUCUGGUGUGAACAAUGUGGGAAAACUUUUUCUGAUAGUGGUAACCUUAAAACCCACCGACGCAUUCACACUGGAGAGAAGCCGUUCUGGUGUGAACAAUGUGGGAAAACUUUUUCUGAUAGUGGUAACCUUAAAACCCACCAACGCAUUCACACUGGAGAGAAGCCGUACAGCUGUGAACAAUGUGGGAAAACUUUUUCUGAGAAUGGUAACCUUAAAACCCACAAACGCAUUCACACUGCCUCCUCUUGAACAUUUUCUAAAGCCAAACUGUUGUUAGAGUGGAGAAAGGGGAAAAAAUACCCAGUGGUGUAGUCUAUUUUUUUGUAGUGAGUAUACGGUGAUUUUCCCCUCUCAGCCUCCUACUCGCCUGUCCCACAGAGACACCCCAUACACUAAGCCCAUGUGACGUUUCCAUAUAGGAACUGUACACGGACAAUUGUAUUGAUGGUGUUUAUUUAAAGGCCUUGAAAAACACUUAAAUUUGAGAAAAAGAUGAGACAGAUUUCCUUUUUGAGAAACUCAACAGAACAUGAACACAACAGGACAUCACACAAAUGAGCCAUUUGAUCGACACCGCUAGAGUGCCACACAAAACCAUGACUAAUAAUUAGCAUCAUCAUACAACUUUUGUAUCUAUUAGUAGUAACAUCUGCUGAACAGGGCCUACAUUUACACAAACGUAUUUAAUAAACAAUCUUCACCAUGCCUAACAAACGCUUAAAAAGCAGACAAGAGGAGAAAAAAUCUCCACUUUCACUUAGUUAGUUAGUUAAUUAUCUGACCAUUGAUAACUAAUAUUACCAUAUAGUAAUUUAACUGUGUAAAGUAAUGCACAUUCAAGAUUUAACCCCUUAACGCCGACUGUCGCUAAUUUGCAUCAAACCCCUUCCAUUCCGACUGCAG